GGCUGGAGUCGGCUUGGUCGGGUACCCACCGGGGCAUCUGGCUGAUAACAAUGGUCCCUCAUGAGCUUGAAUUGCCGCGGACCCUGCCGUGGGCGGUGGGAGGUGGGUGUUUGUGGGUCUGCAACAGGAGCUGUGGCUCGCGAGCGGAUCCUGUCAUGGAUGGUGGCCCGCAGAGCAGUUGGAGACAUUUUACGAGGAGAGGGUUCUGUUGGCUCAGUUGGAGAAGCUCGAGCCGUCGACGUCCUGAAAUUCUACGUGCGAUCCCGUGCAAACUGGAAACGAACAACAAAAUCCCCAUCAACGACAUCAUCGGCUCCAUUGGCUCUCUCGCCCAUAUUACUGCCCUCUCCCUCCUCUUUCCUCCGGCGCCCUCCUCAUCCCUACUUUCGCAUUCUUCCCCGCAGACUUCACAAUGCAGGCUAUCGCAAGGCAAACACGGCCCGCGGGCAAGCUCGUCCAGCAGCUGUCCAAGAGGGCCUACAGCUCCAGCUCGUCCCCCUAUGCGGCGACCAUCAACAACUUGAAAAUCAACACCGAGACCAAGGUUAUCUUCCAGGGAUUCACGGGCAAGCAGGGAACUUUCCACGCCCAGCAGGCCAUCGAAUAUGGUACCAAGGUUGUUGGCGGCACAAACCCCAAGAAGGCUGGCCAAACACAUCUUGAUCGCCCCGUCUUCUCCAAUGUGAGCGAGGCCGUCAAGGAGACCGGGGCUACUGCCACCGCCAUCUUCGUCCCCCCCCCUCUCGCUGCCGCCGGUAUCGAGGAGGCCCUCCAGGCCGAGAUCCCCCUCGCCGUGUGCAUUACCGAAGGCAUUCCCCAGCAUGACAUGGUUCGCAUCACCUCUAUGCUCAAGACUCAGUCCAAGACCCGCCUCGUCGGUCCCAACUGCCCCGGCAUCAUCGCCCCCGGCCAGUGCAAGAUCGGCAUCAUGCCCGGAUUCAUCCACAAGCGCGGCCGCAUCGGUAUCGUCAGCAGAUCCGGCACCCUCACCUACGAGGCCGUCAACCAGACCACCCAGGCCGGCCUCGGCCAGUCCCUCGUCGUCGGUAUCGGCGGUGACCCCUUCAGCGGCACCAACUUCAUCGACUGCCUCAAGGUCUUCCUCGAGGAUGGCGACACCGACGGUAUCAUCAUGAUCGGUGAGAUCGGUGGUUCCGCCGAGGAGGAGGCUGCCGACUUCCUCAAGGAGUACAACACCAAGAACGGUGGCAAGCCCGUCGUCUCCUUCAUUGCCGGUAUCUCUGCGCCCCCCGGCCGCCGCAUGGGCCACGCCGGUGCCAUCGUCGCCGGCGGCAAGGGUGGUGCCGACUCCAAGAUCAAGGCCCUCGAGGCCGCCGGUGUUGUUGUCGAGCGCUCGCCCGCCAGCCUGGGCAAGGCCCUCCGUGACGAGUUCGUCAGACGCGAUUUGCUUUAAGGAAAGUUUGAAGGAGUAUAAUUCUUAAUCUCUUGAGCUUUUUCUUUGAUCUUAUUUUCAGGCGGACGAAUGAAAAAUAGUAGCAGCAGCCAGCCAACCACCAAACCAACCAACCAAAACAUUACGUACAUGUUUCCUCUGUCUCGCGCGUGGGUGGUCUUGCAUUUUUGGUUCAACUUAUCUGCCGGUCUGGUUGACGCUGAAAGCAAAGUCAGAAGAAGCAGGAAGUGCCGAGCGUGGUGCAUGUGUGACUGUGUGUCUUGGGAUGACAAUGAAGCUUGAUAUAGACAUUUUGCCAUCGCUAAUGGGCGUGGGAAUUGGGCGUAUACCGUGGUGCAUUUAUAUCCUCUUUCCACAUCUUGCGAGUUUUUGCAAGAUAGAUAGAGGUGAACCCAAGGAAUGGGUGUGGGCGGUCAGGUAUAUGAUAAUUUACAUUUACUCACAAUAUCACAUAAAACAUGACUUCUCUA